AUGGGAAAUACAAAGAGUGCCGAUUUAAAUGAAGAAAAGAUACAGAAGCCACGUAUUGGAUCAUUGCCCGAUGAUAAAAAAGGAGAUCGAAAUGGCACUCAAAAAAGAAGUGCACAGAGUGCUCGCGCCUCAAUGUCAAGUCAAGGGAAUCGAAAGCCGGUGUUGAAUGCGACACAGAGAACAAUCAUCAAAUAUUGUCUCGAUAAUGCAAAAGACGAUAUUGGAGAAAGAAUUCUUCGACGAGCAGUCGAAAAGAAAGACGAAUUUCGAAGUUUUAUCGACAAUCUACCAAGGGAUCAGCGCUAUCAAGUGGCCGAAAGUUUGAAGCGAUUCCUCAGAGAGAUUUGUGACAAUCUUAUGGAUUCGGAAAACAUUGAAAGAAAAGCUGCCGAUUUCGGAGCGACUCAUGUGCAAUUUCGAGCUGUUGGCUUUAAACCUGAUUACUUUGUAUGCACAGCUGAUGCAGUGACCACUGAAUGCACUUUUCUUGAUGCAGCUACUCAUGGAGCUAGUGACACGGCUUCAGCAUGGUCUCAAUUAACAUCUUUUGUCUUCUCGGCGGUUCGCGAUGGUUAUUAUCAAAAGCUUCGAGAGCAGAGAAAGGCUUCGAAUGCCUUCAGAAACAACCGACAAUCGUUUGAUGUAUCGACAGAUGGAUCAACAAAUAAUGAGGAUAGUCGGAGAUCUGCGAGCCCAAAUGAUACUACGUCUGCUCUCACAAAUGCCGGUAAUGUCGCUCAACACGGUGUUGAGACUGGUCAAUCCGAGCCACCAUCAAAUUUCCUUUCUCCACCCACUGUUUAC